AUGGUCAAACUUGAUCUCACUCGUGAUUUUGAUGUACAGCUUUUGCAUGACAUGAUCGACAACCCUUUUUGUCUUUAUGUGCAUUUUGCACCACCGUGUGGCACGAGCUCCCGUGCUCGCCUGAUCCAAGCGACCGCUCACGACCCCGAACCGUGUCGGGAUGAUACCUUUCCUGAUGGCCUACCCGAUCUUCCUGACCUUUUGGCUCAACGCGUGGCUGCAGCCAACCGCCUCUAUGGCGUGACCGCUGCAGCCCUGAAACGGGCUGUUCUUGCCGGCAAGCUUGUCAGCUGCGAGAAUCCCCUGAAUUCUUUCAUGUGGCAGACCACUGCGUGGCGUCAGGGCACUUCCGGUUUGUCCUUGCGGGAAGCUGUGUUUGACCAUUGUUGCUACGGGGGCAACCGCCCCAAGCAUACGUUGUGGGUGCACAACGUGCCAGCCUUCGACCAACUCAACCUGACGUGCCCUGGCGAGUCUGCCUCCCAUAAGCAUCUGCCUUGGGGUCGUGUGUCUAAGUUCCGCUAUGCUACUAGUGAGGAGACCGCUUACCCGCUUGGGUUGUGCAAGGCGGUCGCCGCGCUCCUGCUUGAGGAGCUCUGCCAGCGUGGGUUCCAGCUGCCUGCUCGUUCCCUGUCAGACGAGGUUCGGCAGCAACAUAGAGCGGCCCAGGUCAGUCUCGGCUACCAACCCCGUGGCAAGAAGGUUGCUCCUAUGGUUGUGGUCGUUGUGACAUCUGACCAUGACUUCUUGCCUGCUUCAGCCAAGCUGCCUGUGGCCGUGCCUGUUCCACCCUCAGCCUCGUGUGACCCGCCCUUGCCGGAGCUGCCUAUGGGUUCUCGUAUAUUGCGACGUGUUGCACUUGGGGGUGGGGAGACGCCGCGUUCUGAACCUUCAUCCCAGCCAAGCAGUAGGAAUCCGGGAAACCCGAACUGCCCAGUCGAGCAGUUCGCCUCUGUGUGCCUUCAACAGAAAACUAUCUUGGCUGAUGAUGUAAUUCAGCUGUUCCAACUCUUGAAGUCGGACCGCUUGGCCAGAGGUGCUGGCCUGGAUGAUGAGUUUUCGUGGUCCACAGGGGCCUAUGCACAGGGAGGGGUUACCGGGGUCAGGGCUAACCUGCAUGGGGCGACACGUGACAUACUUGUUGCCUACACCACCAAUCACACAGAUCGCUUGACUGCAGACCAAACGGCUGAGCUGCAGUGUGCUAAGCACCCACGUCUUAUGAGCUCGGGAGUUCCGCCUGAGUUGCAGCAAACUAUUGACUUCUUGGCGUCGGAGGGCAUGCACGCCGUCGGUGCCAGUAGGACUGAAGCUUUACGUCAGUGGCUAGGGCGAGCCGCAGAGCUCGACGAGCAAGAACGUGUGUAUAAGGAGACACUGCCCAAGCACUGUGCGAAAACCCUGGGCAAGAAAAGGCUGCUUCUUUUCGGCGAGAUGAUUGAGGCUGCCGGCCACAAUGAUCCGUCGUUGGUUGCGGAUAUGUCUAAGGGUUUUGCUUUAGGAGGCCCGAUCCCCUACUGUCCUGAGUUCCGCGCUAAGCGUACAGCUGCCACCAUGGCGGUCGAUGACCUGCGAGGGUCAGCGCAACGAAUGCGGAAGGGCAUCCUAAACUCCACCAAAAGCUCAGGAGAUGAUGUGGUGGAUGCUGAGACUUACCGAGUCACCUUGGACGAGGUGGAGCGGGGGUGGCUGGAUGGGCCGCUGAAAGAGAGCGACCUGGGGGCCAGCUCUUUGUUGACCAGGCGCUUUGGCGUUGUGCAGAAUAACAAAACACGGCCCAUCGAUAACUACCUUGAAAGUGGUUUGAAUGCCACCUCUUCAUCGUACGACACAAUCACCGUGCACACCGCCGACUGCAUAGCAUCAGGUUUGGCCCGUCGACUCAGGGCCGAUGCGAAGUGCAGGUUGCAUCAACUUCUCUUGAAGUCCUGGGACCUUCACAAGGCCUACAAAAACCUUCCGCUAUCCCUGGAGGCACUAGAGGACAGUUUCUUGUGCGUCUACGACCCAAAAGGGAAAUGUCCCCGAAUUUUCCGACAAAAGGUUCUUCCGUUUGGAUCACGGCACAGUGUGCACGCAUUUUGCCGGGUGUCACUAGGGAUAUGGAAAGUCCUUGUAGUGUUGUUCUUGUGCCACAUCAACGUUUAUUUUGACGACUUUGUGGGUGUGGAGCUGGCCCCUCUGGCCCGCCUCUUCGACAUUGGUGUUUGCCUAGUAUUCCGCUUGUUGGGGUGGGAUGUCGCCGAAGACAAAGAGUCUGUGUUCGACUCCUGUGCGAAAGUAUUGGGGUUGAAGUUCGACUUGUCUGAGUCCCGUCUCGGACGUAUCACUCUGUGUAAUACGGAGUCGAGGCGAGACGAGAUCUUCGAGGCCUUGUCCGACAUCCUGUCGUCUGGUUACCUCCCGCAAAAGGAUGGCGAACGCAUCAGGGGCAGACUCCAGUUUGCUGAAAACCAGAUAGCUGGAAAGAUUGCUGGAACAGCCUACAAACAACUGUCGCGGUUUGUGCUUCGAGGAGGAGGACACCUGGAUGAGUGCACCAGGGUAGCCCUGCUAAGGUUGCGCGACCGAGUCAACUUUUCACCGCCCAGGGUGAUCUGCGCCAACAUAUUGACUACCAUGCAUCUUUAUGUUGACGCCUCUUGUGAGGGUGAUAACGUAGGCUUGGGAGGUGUUCUUGUUAAUGAAGUGGGUUCGAAGAUGGGCUUUUUCAGUGAACGCGCGUCUGAGCAUGUGAGACGUCGCAUGAAUCCUGAGAGCGGCAACCCCAUUUUCGAGUACGAAUGCUUAGCAAUCCUUGUCGGACUCAGGUUGUGGGCUCCGCUCAUUCGCAGUACCAACCUUGUUGUGUUUACUGACAACGAGGGUGCCCUGGCCUGUAUGGUUGCCGGAAUUUCAAGCAACAAGUAUGGAGAAGUGAUUGCUCAGCAUGUUCAUGUGCUGUGUGACGAGCUUGGGCUUAACAUCUGGUUUGAACGCGUGAACACCUGCUCAAACGUGGCAGAUGCCCCCUCACGCGGCUCUAAAGAUCCGGAGCUGGGCAAAGAAUUCACGAUCGAUCUUGAUACACUCGUUGAUCACGCCUUUGAGUCUUGGGGGUUGUGA